AAAGAACAGCAAUCGGGCAUAAAGGUUCUAAAGGUUGUUUUCCUGCACGGCACAUCGCUUACUAGUAAGGCACCAGGGCACUGGAACUCAUAUUUCGGAGAACGUUAUUGCUAGCUUUCCUAGCAUUGUUGUUGAUGGAAGGCCUAUUAAGCAUCUACGGUGCCAGAACGUGCUUUGGUUUAUCUUCAUAAUGUUUUGGCAGUCACAUGCCGCUAGUAUUGCACGUUCUUCGGCUUGCACUGAGAGUGCAGCCAGCACUUCACCAGCCCUCAAGGUCUCUGAAAAUGAGGAUAGAGGCAAAGAAAGGUAGCAACGCAACUAAGGUUGUGGCGAAGGCAAAUUUGCCUAUCAAGAUGUGUGUCACAUGCAACAGGCCCUUCACAUGGCGGAAGAAAUGGGAGAAAUGCUGGGAUGAUGUCAAGUACUGCAGCGAUCGGUGCAGGAGAAGCAGAGGUCAGAAAACAGCCGAGAGUACUGACGAAAAGAAUGCGGGAGCGGUUGAUGAUCAGUGAGGAUGCGGCAUACUGUGCAAGAGCAGGGUUGAUAUUGCCAGGCCUUCAUGAUGAGCUAGCAAGCUGCGGAUAUGGCAUCCGCUGGCCAAAUGGAGAAGAUGAAGAUGCAUGCAUCUAGAGAAUGUGAACGCAGCAAUUCCUUGUAGCUGUCAAGAGGGUACCAUGACAUGCGCAAAGGCAAAGGGAACCUCCUAGGAGAG